GGCGAAACAAGAAGUUUAACUAUGACGGAAAAUUUUAUUUUAGAUCUGACCAAGGAGCUCCAACUUCCACAAAACCCGCCGGCUCAGGAAACAUGUUUCAAAUCCAUUUAUCGUAUUCCCAAAAUCCUCAUCCACGUCGAUAACCAACCGUACGAACCCAAACUCGCUUCCUUCGGCCCUUACCACCACAACAGCCGCCAUCUCCUCCCCACGGAGGAGAGCAAAAACAGUGCCCUAUUUCAAUUCCACCGCCGCAUUGCUAGAGCCUCCAAAACCCCCUAUGACGUCCUCAUCGCCAUGAGAAGGGUGGAGUCCUGCCUCAUUGCUUACUACGAUGGCCUUCAAGUCGAGGAGGACAACGAGGAUUGCUUAAAAUGUGGCCAAUACCGCCGCCGUGAUUGGCUCAAGGAGAAGGACGAGUUCCUCAAGAUUAUGAUCACGGACAGCUGUUUCGCCUUAGAAAUCAUGCUUGCUGAUAAGAGAUUCGCCGCCGGGGAGCAGAGCGAAUACGACUCUCAUGAUCCAGUUUUUGGAUCAGAGAGAAUGAUCUAUGUCGUUCCCGAUCUAAAGCGAGAUAUGCUUCUUCUUGAGAACCAGCUCCCGCUUUUAGCGCUCACUACAUUGGCAUCCAUCGAUGGAUCAGGGAUUGGAGAUGUGCAUUGUCUAAUCAAAGCUUUCUACAACCUCCCUUCGGCUUCACCAGAAGAUCGGAUAAUGGAUGAAUGUUUUCACAUCUUAGAUAUGUAUAGAAAGAUAUUGACAUCUAAGGGAGAGUACCUGCCGAGCUACGAGGAGAACAUACAACCAGCCACAAGGCUCAAAAAUGCAGGAGUAUCGUUCUGCAAGAGCAAAACUAAUUCUUUUAGAGACAUUAGUUUCAAUGGUGGCAUUCUAUCUCUUCCCCAACUAAAAGUUGAUGACACUACUGAGUCAUUGUUUCUCAAUCUCAUAGCAUUCGAGCGCUUACAUGCAACUGCAGGUAAUGAAGUGACAGCCUAUGUCUUCUUUAUGAAUGACCUCAUCAAUACUGUGGAUGAUGUAGCUCUGUUGAGAAAAGAGGAGAUUAUUAAGGGAUUGGUGGGUAGUGAUGAUAAUAUUUUCAAAAUAUUUAAAAAGAUUGUCAAGGAAGCGACACUGGUGGGUUUCAAGAACGACAUAUUCGGUGUGAACCGUAAGCUGAAUACUUAUUGUAAGAAGAGGAUGCAUCAGUGGAGAGCAAAUUUUAUUGAGACAUAUCUUAAGAAUCCUUGGGUCUUUACCUCACUAAUUGGAGGUUUACUUUUCUUGGCUCUUACAGUAAUUAAGACCAUAUACAUCAUAUUGCAAUAUUACAAAGCAUAGUUGUGAUUAAGAAAGUGUUUAGAUAAUUUAUAGUUUCUUUUAGUGCUUAUUUAUUGAUUAUCUAAAGUUUAUCACUUCACUUUUUUAUUUUUGAAGAAAGUUCGAUCUUGUAGACUGGUACUAACGUUCUGCUUUUAUAUUUCCUAUUGUUAAAAGAAAAAGAAAAGUUUUUUUCUUGGAGAAUUGAGAAUUCUGUACUUGCCGCUGAUAGUAUUCACAUUGGAAAAGAGUUCAUUUUAUGUGUUACAUGGCUAGUGUUAUAAUUUUAGGAAGCUCUACUGCAAACUAUGUUAAGUUGUGGUUACUCUUUGGAGGAUCUUUUUAUAGAAAAAAAUUUGAUUUUUUUCUUAUUUAGCUACUCAACAUUUAGAGGAAGUAAUAUGAAGAAAGACAAUUGAUAGUAAUCAAUUUCUAUCAGUUUGCAGGUAAGUUUACAUCAAGGUGUACUAGUUAGUGGUAGCCACUUCAGUUUGUCUAUUAUUUUAUUAUUUUAUAUUGAUCAAUGAGGCUUUAAAAAAUGGAUUAUAUUUACUGAUUACUCUGGUUUAAUCGUGGACUGGUUCUUUGACUAGUUUGGUCUAAUGCUUAAGCUGUUUUUGCAUGUAAUUGAUUCGAAUAAGUUAGAUCCGAUAGUUGAAAUGGGGAAUUGGUGAAUUGAUCAGGUUUUUUGAGGAAUCACUCACUUCUAAUAUCACUUAAUUUGUCCAUUUGCUAUGAUCAGAUAACUAGAAAUGAAAGGUUGAGAUUGAAAAAUUGCUAAAAUCUAUGUACCCAAAUGUCUAAACUCUCAACUCCUUUAUUUUAAAUAACUUUUUAGUGGAGGAAGAUAUCGUGGUGAAUUUUUUUUCAAAAUUUUGUUGUCAUUGGCAUUAUAAUUUAAUGUUAGUUCUUUAAAUCUUUUUGCAAAUAUCUGUAUAAGAAUAUAGCUAUAUAUAAAGUAUCGUGAAAAUAAUCAAAAUAUCAUAUCCCAAAAUUUUUAUUUAGAACUGAUGCAUGCUAGAAUGUUCAUGGUUGUAGAGAUAUAUAGAGUUUAAUGUUUUAUUUUUGUACAAAAAUUUAGCACGUAUAUAGAUAAUAAGAGAAGUGAAACGGUUGUAAGA